AUGCCCCCACCUCGCAGCGCCGCUCCCUCAGAGACCCCCACCCGAUAUACACGCACGUCGACGCGUUCAACGGCGGCCGGUUCGUCGUCCACGGGGAUCAUCAAGCCGCGUUCGUACUCGACCGCAUCCCUCGCCAGCAACGUCAGCGGGGUCACCACCAUCGUACCCGACCGACGGAGUGUGAACGGCUCCCCCAAGGAUGCCAGCGCGGCCCCCCGCUCGCCAAAUGCGACUCCAGUCCCCCCGUCCCAGGCUGCCCAGCCCCCGAGUCUGGCGAGGAGACUGAGCUCGGCCGCUGCGAAGGCCCCACGCAGAAUCUCGAUGCCUACCCCUCCCACGUCGUUCCUCGACCCUAGUCUAUCUACCUCUAGUGUGUCGUCGUCGCUGAGCAAGUCCACCACGACCCCGUCGCGUCAGAACAGCGUGCCGAUGCCGCGCAAGGGCCCCUCCGCCCCCUCAGUCGCCGUCUCGCGUCGCAGCAGCGUGCGCUCGUCCGCCGUCUCCCUCUACACGUCCGAGUCGGACACGCAGGUGAACCCCAAGGUCCCUGCGACGCCCCGCACGCGUGCCAUGUCCACGCCGUUCGCGCAGCCGAACGGGAAGUCGCCCGCCAAGUCCCCGGUGCGGUCCCCUGGGCUUGCAGCGAGCAAGGGCUCUCUGUCCCCGUCCGAGGACACGAAGACCACGGCUACGCUGGUGACCCCGAAGAACACGCCCUCGAAGCCGUCGCCGAAGGUCACGCCGAGCAAGGCUGCGACGCCCGGCAAGGCGAGCACCCCCGGGAGGACCGUCAGGAACAGCCCGAGCGUCGCCGCUCGCAACCGGCAGUCGGUCGGGAGCAUGGAGUCGCCCUCGAUCAUGCUCACGUCCGAAGACGAGCCGUUCUGGGAGGGGGACGGGGACGACAUGACGCUGGAGAUGAUCACGGACGUGAACGACGGCGAGGUGGACGAGGACAUGCAAAAUGCGCUCGACGGCGUCAACGGCCUGCACAUGCGCAAGCUCCUGCACUACAAGCGGCUGCUCGAGCGCGCGCAGGCGUCGUCGGCGGCGCAGCUGCACGCGCUGCAGGCCGAGGUGCGCAUGUUGCGCGAACGCGAGCGGCAGCGGGAGGCGGGCGGCGCUGUGGUCGACCCGAGCGACGACAGCUACUGCGUGUGCGGGGGGAAGAAGCAGAAGGGGUACUGGAGCGGGUACCGGGGCAGCGAGGACGACGGGAUCGGGGGCGAGGUCGACCUCGCGACGGUCCUGAGGGGAGACGGGAGCGGGGGGUUCAACGAGAUCGAGCACGCUAGAAUCGCGAUCAUCUUGGACUCGUGUAUGCCCGGGGACAUCCGCCUGCAGAUUCUUCUGCUGGAGAAGUACGCGAAGUCGACGUUCGACAUCGUUGGGAACCUCGCGCCCGACCUUGCGCUCAAGGUGUUCAGGUACCUCACCGUCAGGGAGCUGCUCGCCGUCGAGCCCGUGUCCAAGAAGUGGCAGGAGGUGGUGCACCUGCCUGCGCUUUGGCGAUAUCAUUGCCUGCGCAUCACCGCCAUGGAUCCUAUUCCCCUCAAGCCGCCUGCAAAGCCGGAAGGAUGGGAGCCCCUGUAUCGCUCGCUUCAUCACCGCGAGUCCAACUUCCGCAAUGGUCUCGCGCAGAGCGUCCGCUUCCUUAAUGGCCACACCAACUACUGCACGACGUUGUUGCUGCGGGGCAAGCGUCUCAUCAGCGGCUCUUACGACGAGACGAUCCGGUUCUGGGACAUCGAGACCGGCGAGAUGAAGAAGUGCCUGCAGGUCAAGAAGCCUGUCAGUUGCGUCGACUUCCUUGCCGACGAGGAGGUCUUCGUCGUCGGCUUCCACGACGUUGGACGCGUCCACCUCUUCUCUUCACUCACUUUCACCCCUCUCCAGCAGCUCGCCGGCCACCUCAACGGCAUCCGCGCCGUCGCGCUCUCGUCGAAGAACCUCGUCUCCGCCGGGGCCGAUAAGGCGCUCGUGUGCUGGGACUGGCGCGCGGGCACGAAGAUCGUGCGGUUCGGCCAGCAGACGACGGUCAAUAUUGGUGUGCAGAUUAUCGGUUCUGGUGGGUCCCGCGGGGAGGACGAGGGCGAAAGGGUCGUCAGCGUGACUAUCGAUGGGAUCGUCCGUGUGUUUUCGAUCAAGAGGAGAGAAAUGGUCUCGCAGUUCAAGUUGAGCGAGCUGGGCGGUGGGGACCUUGUUCUCAACGCCAAGUUGGCGCAAGUCGGUCGUGCCCCGGACAACAUGCUCCAGUACGUCACUUUCAACGGUACUCAAAUGACGUGUGCGACGAAGUCCGUCAUCCUCCACCUUCAAUGGACGGAGGAAGACGAGAGCCCCACCACGUCUGCGGCUCAAGACCCGACGCGACCCACUACGCCCCUCACUCCAGGCGCGCUCAGCCCGGGGGCCGCUCCGCGCUUGCGUACUAUAUCCUCCCUUUCGCGCUCGACCUCCUCGAUCUCUACGCCUCAGCGGCGCGGCUCUCUGAUGGGCGCAAAGAGUCCUCUCGGGACGCCUGCAAGCGCCAGCGCGAAGGGCCGCCUCUCGCUCAACAUCUCCAACGGGCCCAUGACGCCUGUGUCCAUGAUAGGCUCUCCUCGCACCGGCACACCUGUCUCUGCCUUCGGACAGUCGCCCUUCGCACUCCGUUUCGGGCGUGCGGCUGUUUUGACUGCCCCUCCGAAGCUAGUCGCCGUCGUGGAGACCCCCGACGUCGCGAUCGGCGCAGUCGACCCCCGCAAGAGGCGCGUCGUCACCGCCACCCGGUUCAGUACUCGCGCAGGAGCGACACGUACGCUGUACAUGUCUCAGCACCGCGACAAGGAGGAGGUUGCGAAGGAGGAAGAGGAGGACAGCGAGGAAAGUGACGGGCAGAAAUCGGAUGGUCCGCGCACGCCGUCGCCUGAGGUGGACUUCGACACGGAUAUCCUCCCUGUUACUGGCGCCUGGGGCGCGCUCGCGAAUGCCGGUGCCGCGUCUGCUAUGGGUGUGAAGGGCGUGCUUGGGCAGCUGCCAAAGAAGUUCGAGGGGUUGGCGACUCCGGAGAAGAACCCCAUGUCGAUGCAGCUGAGCCAUGAGGAGGUCGUUGUUGGAUGUGCUGACGGGACGAUCUACGUGAUGAGCUUCGUUGGCUACGAUUACCAGAAGCAGAAGGAGCGGCAGCCGAGUGAGGAGUGGACCUCUCUCACCGAAGAGGAGCUACCCAAUGCAGGCGACUUUUAA